GCAAGACGGUGGAAAUGAGUUGAAUAUGAAUAGAAAGCUAUGCAAUACUGCUGGUGUAAUGCUCUAAAUGUAAUCUAAUAGAGAAUAUAGUAAUUUAUCAACCUAUAUUUUCUCUCUUUGUUUUCAUACUGUUCAGAUAAAAAAAAACGUGUGUUCGUUACUCAAUAUCCAAGUUUAGGCUACUGUGUAACUGUUAUGGCUACAUUCUGUCAGGUACAUGUAUAUAACGUCUAGGAACCGUUGUUCAACUGAAACAUUCUGUGAAGUGAUGGGUUCUAAAUUGACCAGGCAAAGAAGUCUGGACCAAAUAGAAACCACAUUUUCCAACAGGAGACGCCAGCACUAUGACAGCUCCAGAGAAACUGAGCAGAGUGGUGGCAGGGGAGGCGGGGAAUUAUUGUUUACAUCCCUGAUGCUGAAGUCAGAUAAGCUCCCAGGGAUGCUGCGGAAAACCAAGCACAGCCCCUAUGUGAGACGGGUGGCAUGGAUCCGGGAAAUACAGAAGCUUCUUCGAGAACAGAAACAAGAACAUGCAGUCGAGGUGCUCAAAUUGCUAAGAAAGGACUUGGGACUCCAGGGAACAUCCCUCAAUGAUAUCCUCUAUAAGAACUCAGCCUUUCUCAACCUGGUGGAUCCAAUCUCCCAUGAGCUCUUGCUCAGCCUGGCCAAAGACAUGCAGUGCCCAAAGAGGGAAACAGAUUCACUGAAGUCAUCCAACAAGAUCUGCAGACAGCUGAUAUUCCACCUGACCCCUCACUCCAAGUGGAUGAGACAAAGCCUUCCCAGGAGGAAGUCGCAGGCCUGUCUUAAAACCACACUGAAGAAGAAACUGACCAACGACGUGGCCAACCUGUCUGGCAUCCCUCUGUCUGGCCGAGACAUCCACCGGGUGGCCUACUACCUCCAGAGUAACGGCAACUCUGUGUCGGCCGUGGACCUCAGUUUCACUGAGCUGCAGGACGAGAGCCUGCGUCUACUGCUGCCCUACCUGGGCUCCAUGCCCAAGCUCACCACCCUGGCCAUCAACGGCAACCGUCUGACGGUGGGCGUGCUGAAGGACCUGACGGAGGUGGUGAAGAACCCCCUGCAGUUCGCCAGCCUGGCAUGGGUGGACUUGGGCAACAACGUGGACAUCUUCACUGUGCCACAGCCCCUCCUAGUGGCCCUGCGUAGACGCUUCGGCCUCCGGAGCAGCCUGCCCACCAUUUACGAGUAUAGCGAGGUGCAGGUCUAUAGUAGUUAUACCCUGGAGACCUCUAUUGAAGAACCCAGCGAGGAGGAGGGAGAGGAGGAGGAGGAGGAGGAGGGAGAGGGAGAAGAGGAGGAGGAUAAGCUGGAGCUAGAGGCAUGGGGAGGUGGGGAGAAGUGUGUAUCCACGAUUGUGGCUCUGAACUACUGUGAGAGGUGAUGAGUCAGAGCCAGCGUUGUAAUUUGACAACCCUUUGUACCCUACUGUCCCCUCACCUUGGCCUGAGCCCUGCCUCCCGUUUCAGCAUGUGUCAUCAUCGCAGGAGAAGCUUGGGGUCACCAAAUUCAUAAACCACUCACGAGGAGAAAACCCUGUUUUGUGUUGUCUCUUUAUAUGUUCCGAUUGCAGAGAGAGUUCAAGCCAGACUGUUCUUGUGUUGGUAAGGACAUAGGUAUUCUAGGCACUGCAGUGAUAUUUUUACUGUGUCCUCUUGCGUAUGUCAUUCUUUAUGAGCAAAGCAAUCCUACACAACAGGAAUAAGACAUAUUAGAUUUCACCUGACUGUUUUGGCUUUCUAAUGUCAAGUGCUUUUUUCUAAUGAGGUACUUCCAUGUAGAACAUGCAGAUUGGAUGACACAGUGGGAGGGUUUGUUUCUAUAAAUAUGCUGCUGUGUUUUAUUGCACAACACACAACAUUUACUAAACGCUGAUUUCAAAACAGAUGGUUUUAAUUAUACAUCCACCAGAUUCACAUUUAUCCAAAAAUAGUUUUUAUCUUCCAAGUAGAGCAGACCAGACCGACUAGGCUGUGAACCUCUGAGUGAGCCUCAACUGGCAGGUUCUGGGUCAGGCUGCCCUUGCCCUGAGCUGGGUGCUGGGGAGAGGACACCCUGUCUGUCUGUCUGUCUGUCUGUCUGUCUGUCUGUCUGUCUGUCUGUCUGUCAGGGAGGGAGGGAGGGAGCUGGGGAGUGGACACCCAGGCUGUCUGGGAAGGAGUGAGCUGGGGAGUGGACACCCAGGCUGUCUGUCUGGGAAGGAGGGAGCUGGGGGGUGGACACCCAGGCUGUCUGUCUGUCUGGGAAGGAGUGAGCUGGGGAGUGGACACCCAGGCUGUCUGGGAAGGAGUGAGCUGGGGAGUGGACACCAGGCUGUCUGUCUGGGAAGGAGUGAGCUGGGGGGUGGACACCCAGGCUGUCUGUCUGUCUGGGAAGGAGUGAGCUGGGGGGUGGACACCCAGGCUGUCUGUCUGUCUGGGAAGGAGUGAGCUGGGGAGUGGACACCCAGGCUGUCUGGGAGGGAGUGAGCUGGGGAGUGGACACCCAGGCUGUCUGUCUGUCUGGGAGGGAGUGUGUGUGGGAAGCUGAUGAACUGACUGCUGUCUCUGUCAGGUUGUGUAAGAGGCGACAAGGCAGACAGAUGGUGGGGAGAGGGGAAAAAAAUAUCCUAGCAUAACAGAAUUAUCUCUCGACUGCAUCUUUCACCAUGGGUUAUAUGAAAGAUUCCAAUUGUGAAUCGUACCAUAAAGAAAUCAAAUGUACCCUUGUCUUUCAAAUGAAAGGCAAAAAUAUUGAGAUGAGGAAUGAGAUAAUAAAUUAUCAUCGGUACUGCUGUUUGCACAUAAUAUGAAACUGAAUUGCAAAUGAGAUGGUCAAAGGGAGCGUGUCACAGGUGUCUUUUUAGAUGUUUUGUUUAGUGUUCAACUUGGGCAUUAUUUUGAAUUGUUUUUUAAGGUGACAUGAUGUUUACUGCAGCUCAACAUUAGUCUGCAGAGAACGUUUAAAAAAAUGAUGAUGAAAUAUGUUUUUGUGUGUGUACUAGUUUGUGCACUCAUGUGGUUGUGUAUGUAUUUCUGUGUGCCCAGGUGUGGGGCUGUGUGUGUUUGUAAGUGCUCUGGACAUACCUGGUGUCCUCUAGAAGCCUAUUGUUUGCACUUUAAAUGCAAGAACAAGUCAAUGACUGUUAUCCAGUCACAAAUCUCUCAUUGAUCCAUUCUAGUGGAUAUUCAAUCUUCAUCCAAACCACCAUAGUCAUUACAAUAUGACUUCCAGCAUACCGUAUCUAUUUGUUUCCCACCUAAGUUUACUCUACAGUAACAACCAUGGUUUUCUCUGAAAAUUAUAGAAUACUGUUAAUAUGACUUCUUGCUAACUGCAACAAAAUAAAUACAUGUUA